UACGCUCGGCCAGACGUGACGUAACCGCGCGCAGCGUGGAGAGCGUAGAGAACGACGUCGCCGUCGUUGCAACCCCAACGUCGCCGCCACCACCGCCACCACCGACCGCAACCGACGCUGCCAACCACCGCCGCCGCUGUCGUCGAUUCCCCUGUGCACGAUCGCACGCUCGGCAUCGUCGGACGGGGUGCGCGAAUCUGUCCGUGUCCUACAUAAAUCGUCGUUGUCGGUGACGUUUAUUCCGGUGGUUCGGAACACGCGUAUUCGACGUCGCGACGCGCGCCACUCCACCUCGCACGCACCUCCACCGCGUGCGCCAGUACGCGCUUCAACUCCUUGCGUGGUGUAUCGCGCCGAUAAGUGCACGCGAGAGAGAGAGAGGGAGAAAAGUGUCGAGUAGAAAAGUCGUGGGCUGACGAAGAUCGGCGAGAGCUUGACCCUUGCGAUAGUGUGAUCGAAGGAAAAAGCUUGUGGGUGCUCCGAUGUGCACGGGAAGACUGUCGAAUUCGCAGGGUUCUCGAUUCUGGUGAAAAACAUCGGGGCUCGUGUUCCCGGCGAGACUCUCCCUCGGUCGGGGAAUCGGAAAAGUUCGGACGAGUUCGAAACGAGACGGCGGCAAAUGUUAACCGCCGCGCUGAAAUUCAGGAGCGACAACGCGCUGACGACGUGAAGUAAUGACGCGGGCGAGAGGAAUCCACGUUGACGGCGCGAACAGAGAUCGCGAGGCGUGAGAGAGACGCGUGCGAUGAGCAACACCUCCGCUUUUAAUCGCGGACGAGCGACGACUACGUGCCGUGGGUUUUGCGGUGGGAAUUAACGGGCGUACAUUACCGAUCGAGUGAUAUGCCAUAUCCGCCGGACGUACAUACGAGCGCACGAUCCGCCACCUCGACGUAAUCACGCCGAUCGCUCCCUUCGUCGGCGUCGACGAUCGCAAUCGGGAACCCGCUCGCGAAUCGCCGUUCCACCCUCUCGAUUGGCCCGCCACGCGGAACGUGGAUCACUGGCAGAGAUCGGCGAUCGCGGUCGCAUCGCCGCCACCGUCGUCCGCUAUCACGGGGAUCCCCUUCGAUCACGUGACCGGCUGCACCCUACAACCAUCACCACGGCGAGGCAAACACCACGUCGCGAAGAUGCUGACCAUGUCGACACUGAUGAUGCCCACGACGAUGACCACUAUGACGAAUCCGGCCCCGAUACCGGCGCACAGCGUGCCGCAGAAGAUAGAACCACCUAAGCUGACCGCAGCCACUACGCUCACCCACACGGCGGCGACCGCCAACAAAUCAGAACACUAUCACAUAUUCGUCGGGGACCUGAGUCCGGAGAUCGAGACACAAACCCUGAGGGAAGCGUUCUCAGUCUUCGGGGAGAUCUCAGAUUGCAGAGUCGUGAGGGAUCCGCAAACCUUAAAGUCCAAAGGAUAUGGAUUCGUCUCGUUCGUCAAAAAGGCGGAGGCAGAGAGCGCCAUCGGUACCAUGAACGGCCAAUGGCUCGGCGGCAGAAGUAUCCGGACGAAUUGGGCCACCCGCAAACCACCCGCACCUAAGUCCGAAGCGAACGCGAAACCGCUAACGUUUGACGAAGUUUACAAUCAAAGUAGUCCGACCAAUUGCACGGUGUACUGCGGUGGAUUGACCAACGGUUUAACGGAGGAUCUCAUGCAAAAGACCUUCUCGCACUUCGGAACCAUCCAAGAAAUUCGAGUAUUUAAGGACAAAGGCUACGCAUUCAUCAGGUUUUCCACCAAGGAGUCGGCCACGCACGCCAUCGUAGCGGUACACAACACAGACAUCAACGGCCAAACGGUGAAGUGCAGUUGGGGCAAGGAGAGUGGAGAUCCUAAUAAUGCUCAACAAACUGGACAGGCGUUAUCGUCGGCGACGUACCCAUACUACGCGGCGGCGGCAGCUGCCGCCGCGGCGGCGGCGGGCGUCGCGGGUGUCGGAGGCGUCGGUGGCGUCGGCGGUGCCGGACAACUGGGAUACUGGUAUCCGCCCCAAUCUUAUCCCACGACAGCAACACAAAUGCAAGCUGGUGGCUUUCUUCAGGGCAUGCAGGGAUACACUUAUGGACAGUUCGCCGGAUAUCAACAGGCGCAAUAUAUGGGAAUGGGCAUGGGUGUCCACGCCGCUGGCACAGCGGCAGGAUGGGGCCAGGGAUUACCUGGGGGACCACAGUUACCACCACACCACGCCACGACGGUCACGGCACCCCCAGGGGUGCAAGCCGCACCCCCGCCACCACCGCCACCGGCACAAAUGAUGGCCUACCCGAUGCAACAGUUCCAGCUAGCGGAUGAGGACUGGCUGACGCCUAGCCUUCUAGUGUGAUGGUAAGCAAGUACACCCCACCAACAGGAACAACUUCUACAGCAACAACAGUUACCACCACCAUCACCUCCUCCUCCACUACCACCACCAUCACCACCACCACCACCAUCACCAACAACAACAACAACAUCAAUAACAACAACAUUUCCGUCAUCAUCGAUGCCACCGCGACAUCAAAAGCAGUAAAACUCAUACCACUUCCGGCUUGACGACGCGCAAGUCGAAAGACGGCGACCACGAAAACCAGAUAACACUCGCUUAGUAAAAAAAAAAAAACAAAAAAAAAGAAAAAACCCAAAAAAAGAAACGAAGAGGCACAGUGAGAAAGAGAAAGAAAGAUAGCAAAUAAGAAUCAUAAUCUCUAGGUAAAGCCACCCCUCUCGAGAGCAAGAUACAUCCAACAUCCCUUCUCCCCGUAAAUUUUCACGUCCAAAAUGUAAGGGAAAAGAAAACAGGAACCGCUACCGAUUAUUAAGCGGAGAUACCUCUCGUCCAGUCUGUAGGAUAAUCUAGCAUCUCGCUCGGCUUGAAGAAAUAGAUAGCGUUCGCCGUAAACAGUAGUGCCCGAAGCUUCGAUACAAAAUACGGGAAAUCCGGCAUACGCGCGAAUUUGCCAUGUGACGGUCUGACGAGUGGUGUAUUUUUUUCUCUUUUUUUUUUCCUGCAGCGAAAACGGCCAAUUACGCAUACUAUGUAUCGUCCAGCGAGUACACGAGCACACGAGAAACACGAAUCCGCACAUGUUCAACGGGAUCCCCGGUUAUCAAUGUUACCCGUAUCAAUGUUUAUCAAUGUUUUAACGAUGCGUAUAAAUUCGGACGAACCUGCGAAAGAAACGGAAGAGCGUCGAUACAGACCGCCGGAUACCGACUCGUUACCCGGAUUCAUUAUUUUUGUAGUUUGGGCUUAACAGCGAAAAAUAAUAACUCAAAGACGUAAUGUCGAAUGGCGCGCUCGCGGCCCCGAAAUGCGGUGCCGGCCGGCGAGCGGCCGCGGUGUAUAAAUGAUAAAUACAAAGAUCGAUUAACCGAAGCACACACGUGAAGAUAUAUAAAUAUAUAAAUAUAUAAAUAUAUAAAUAUAUAAAUAUAUAAAUAUAUAUAAAUGAAUGAAGAAAAUAUACAUAAAAGAAUAAAGGUUAUUAUAAACGAAAUUCUGCAAUUAGCUAGUUAGAUAGGCAUAUUAUAUUAAAAAGUUGCUCGAGGCCGACUCGAAAUUCGGCGGCAGGGAGGAGGUGGAUCUCGCGUACAUUCGAUAAAUAACGCAGCGUUUAUACCGAGGGCGAGGCAAUCGGGUCCUUUCGUACAACUCUCCCCCACCCCGCCCCCGUCACGAAAACCACGGAUCUACCGGAUCCACGUGUCUUAUUCGAUUUUUGCCAUAAUAACGCGAAGACUUCGCACCUGAGUUGAUAACACUUAUUUAUCGGAUUCGUGGCCAAACGACAAUUUGCGCGUGAUAUCUUCGCAGCGGGCGGCGGUUCAGCAACCAUUUUCUAUCAAUCGAGUCUGUCUCUCGGACGCGGCACUUAGGCCAGUUGGAUAUUUUUAUAAUAACGAUCAGAAACGUGUGCGCCGUGGGAGGCAUCGACGAAUUAAGCGCGUUUCGUGCCGGGAAAGGCGACGAGACGCGCGGAACGACCGAUCGUACCGGGGUCACCGUGGUUUUUAAGUAAACGUUAGAUUUUUAUAUAAGACAACUACGUAGAGAACCCCCCAGUGGAGGUCGGCACUUUAAGGCGUUUAAGCAAUAAAAGAGUUCAGUUCGGGAAAGGAAGCAAGACAGCCAUCGAUCCCUCCGUCUCUCUGUGAAAACAAUCUCGACUGCGUGAACGAGAGAGAGAGAGAGAGAGAGAGAAACACACGAAUUCUUAACAACGAACGAAAAAAAAAAAAUAACUAAAUAAAUAAAACGAGUAAAAUAGCUAGGAAAAGGCGAUGCGUGCACGCGUGUAUUGUAAUUGUCCGAGAAGCAGUGAAACGAUCACAAUCUCUCCGGUGUCCCGAAUUUCGACUUGGCCAAAAUCGAUACAAAGAAAAGACGAGACCGGUGUAAGUCACGGAAUAUGUAAGAAAUGCGUGAGUGCAAUCGUACAUAUGGAAGAGCGCGAGAGGAUGGGGGAAAGAAGUGUGCGAGCGAGCGAGAAAGAGAGUGAGAGUGAGCGAGAAAAUGUGAGAGGAUGUGUGAGAGAGAGAGGGAGAAAGUGAGAGGGAGGGCGAGCGACGAAUAAAAAACACAUAGCACAAGCGAGAGACGAAAAGUGGGAGGUUAAAUAAUUCGUAGAUAGGCACAUUGCACCAACAGCACGAAAGUUAGAUUAGACGAGUUAAGUUUUGAUUUUUUUUUCUUUUCUGUGGGGGUGAGGGGGGUUUUGUCCACGCGUGCCCUGUCCGCGCGGCAGCCGUUUAAGGAUCCGAUCGUAGGCAACCUUCAUCAUCGACGUGCUCCCCCGUCGUUAAAACUACCCGCUCGCUGAGAAAGAGAGGAUAUCGGGGGUGGGACGAGCCGUGGAUCGGCGAGGUGAUAGCACGAGCAGUUUCAAUACUUGAAAAGAUGGGAAGCGGCUGAAACUUACUGCAACCCGUCUCCGUUAUCUUCGCGCCCGAUCUUUUGUAUCUCCAUCGUCCUAUCUUUCGCUCCUCGUACCCGCCACUCAUUCUCACCCCCCUCGGUUUUAAGUACCGCGGCUCAUGCUCGUCGCACCGAUAACAUCUUGUCUCCUCUUUUCCUCAAACCGCGUUUAUGCAGGAGCAACGGAUAAAACCGGACGCGAAUCUAAUACGGAAACUAAUGAAACUAAAUCGAGCUCCGAGCUCCCGAGAUUGUCCAACAGGCCCCGAAGAAUAUCAGAUCGAUUUCGCAAAUUCCUUUCCAAUUUAUGCGUUUACAUCAAUCUUAAGUGUCAAUUUAUGAUUUUUCAAAUUUUCGCGAAUUAAACGAGAACGUGAAUUAAUAUUUCUUUCCUGAUUUCGCCACUUCGCUCUCUUCACUUCGCUACUUCAUAUCUGUUGGUUAUGCCGCCGCGGGCCCGGCCUUUGGGGCUCCGACGAGUCAUCGUCUGCCCCUGCGUAGAACGUGUUUGAGAUUUGGCAUUCUCGACGUGCCCCGGCACGAAUUUUCAAUGGUACUAUUCUCCCUUGUAUCGGGAAACUCGCAGCUCGAAAGCGUCGCGCUUUGAAAGGGUGCGAUGACUCGUCUGACGUCUCUUCCGAAUGAAACUCUCUCGCGACACCACAUCCCGUGGAUACGUAAUCCAUAAUUUUGCCCGCGAGAAAACGGAUAAAAAGACGAGAGAAAGAAAAAAACAAAAAAAGGCAAAAAGAGAUAGA